AUUAAAUAUUCUUUAAAAGUUGUCGUCGAGAAAAGAUGGUCCAAAAAUUAUAAAACUGAGUUUCCAUUUACAGUUAUUAAUCCGACAGAUGUUAACCAACCCGCUUUCCAGAAUCAAGUAAGAAACUCAGUAGAAAAAACAUUAUGUUGUUGUCUCUGUAGAUCAGGAAUCAUUUCGAUCGAUGCAAGAACGGAUUGGGUAGGGUAUUGUUCAGGUGGGACAUUGGUGCUUUGGGUGACUUUCAAUAAUCAGUCAGCCCGGACUGUUACUCCUCGAGUAUCUCUUCAUCAAAUUCAAACAUUUUUUGCCAGAGGAAAAUCCAAACAAAUCGUCAAUAAACACAAACUCUUAACAGGUCGCGAGCGCAUUAAAGGCAAAAAUUUAUUGACGUGGGAUGGAACAAUGUUGAAAUUACCUGACGUUUGUUCAUCAAUAAAUAAUUGCUCCAUCAUAAAAGUUGAAUAUUUUAUUCAAAUUACUUUGCAUAUCCCGUUUUCAACCAACUUAUCUUUGCUUCUUCCUAUCACAAUUGGCACA